AUGGCUUCUAUCUGCAUAACGGAGUUGUCUCCUGCUGUAAAAUUCAGGUCUUGGCACGAGAUUUCGUCUGGAGAACUGCUUUGGGGGCAGAUUGACAUAGAAUUCAGCCAAAGUGACAAGAAGAGCCAAAAACUCUUUCGGGCUGCGUUGCGCCGUGCACCAACUCUUCGCACUAUUGACCUUUCGGACAACUACUCAGGAUUAUCGGAGAAUGGCGGUGUCUGGCGCGCCCUCAAGAACGGCGUGACUGAUGUGCGAGGCCUCAUCGGGCUUCGAGAGCGGACCACCGACAAGAAUUACAUCCUUAAGCUGUUGGUCAAGUACGGGCCGCACCUUCGCCGCCUCGCCUUGACGCUGGGGCCGGGUGCCUCUGACUACGUUGCAAAACUUAGCUCGGGCGCCACCGUCCGUGUCUUUUCCCUCAUCAGCCAGAUGCCACAGCUAAGGCGCCUGGUUAUAUCUGAUGAGACGCUGCGCAUGGACAUGUACAGUGGUGACUUCAGACAGGGCUUGCCACAGCUCCGCCACGUGGGCUUUUGCGGCUUUCCUGAACAACCGUGGACGAGUGAUCAAGAGAAUGUCAUGAUACUAGAUAUUUUGAAGAACAGAAAGGAAUUCCUGAAAACGAUCGACCUGGUGUGGACGAACCACGGCGAAGAGGUGAACAGCAUGUUUCCUGAUGUCGCUGCCCUGAUGAAGCAGUUGGAAUCUACUCUUGGGCCGGUUAUCAGAAACGUCUGCCCAAAACUAAGGACCUUCACAGUUGGAGAGUUCAAUUCGUCGGAUUCCAUCGUUAUGAAAACAUAA